AGGCCGUAUCAUAUUCGCUCCAACACUUCCACAAAUGAAAUCGCUCACGUGUUCAAGACGGCUACAGUGAUGUACCCUGCUGCUUGGUCCACAGACAUGGUGUCGCUAAUCAAAAAGUUGCUUGAGCCGAACCCCGAGAAGCGUUUUUCUCAGCUGAAAGAUAUCCAGGACUUUCCGUAUCUGUCAGACGUGAACUGGGAUGCUGUUCUCCAGAAAAGGAUAAUGCCAGAAUUCAUUCCCACAAAAGGCAGACUGAACUGUGACCCAACCUUUGAACUGGAAGAAAUGAUCCUAGAAUCCAAACCUCUUCACAAGAAAAAAAAACGCUUGGCUAAGAAGGAGAAAGACACCAGCAAAAGCAAUUCCUCCCAGGCCUGCCAUCUUCAAAAGCACCUAGAGAUGCUCCAGAGGGACUUCAUUGUUUUCAACAGAGAAAAGUAA